AUGUCAAACCGGGAUCAGAAAUUCGACCUACAUGUCAUACCCGAUCUUCUUUCACAACCAGUAGUCCCCGAGCCGCCCGCGCAAGACGACAAGGAGGCCCAGAAUUUCGAAAAAUACCUAAUAGCAAUGUCUCAUAUACCCCUAAACUACGAGAAUCCCGGCCUGCUCGACGAGGCGUUACAGCAAAUCCCACUCGAUAGGUUAUCGCAGGAGGCAGAAGAGGAGGUGGAACUUUUCCAAGCGAAAGCCGCAAGCCUGGGAAAAUCAAAACCGGAAUGGAGUCAUCAAGAGUGUAUGGUUAGGGCCCUGCUCAGGUGGUUUCGCCGAUCAUUCUUCACCUUUGUGAAUAAUCCUCCAUGUUCCGAAUGCUUGUCGCCCACGAACAAAAUCCGUAACGUUGCGCCUACACCAGAGGAAAGAGCCCAUAGUGCGACAUGGGUCGAGCUGUAUGCGUGCGUAACCUGUGGGGCAUAUGAACGAUUCCCACGAUAUACGGAGGCAUGGCAAUUACUACGAGUAAAGCGUGGAAGGGCUGGCGACUUCGCCAACGUCUUCACCAUGCUUUGCCGAGCUCUUGACAUCCGAGCUCGCUGGGUGUGGUGCCAGGAAGACUACCUGUGGACCGAAAUUUACUCUGAGCAUCAACAACGAUGGGUUCACGUCGACAGUUGCGAAGAGGCUUGGGAUAUGCCCCACAUGUACUAUAAGAACUGGGGGAAAAAGAUGUCCUACGUUAUUGCCUUUUCUCGCGAGGGCGCGGUCGACGUUACCAGGCGGUACGUAGGGUCACCGGACGCCCUGCUCCCACGGACACGCUGCUCCGAAGGCGUCCUCAAGUUCAUCAUGGAGGAAAUCACCAACCUGCAUCGGCCAAAGUACGCCCCGGACGGAGAGACCCGCCUGCGGCUCUAUCGGGAAGAUGUAGCCGAAGACGUGCAGCUUCGUUCGUUGUGGUCGGCUACCCUGGAACAGAGUCGGAGGUUGAAGGCGGCCGCUGCGGCUGCUGCUCGGGGUGGCCGCAGUAGCCCCGACAACAAGAGCGGCGCCAACAUGAUGGGCUCGCCAGCGACGGGCGACAUCAAACGACCCAUCCCUGAGGAUGCACCUGUUCCUGAUGUCCCUUCACUCUGGCCGACGUAUGGACCUUGA